CCUCCAAGUCAGCUAAUAUCUGACGUAACGAACAAGUUGGCAGGUUUUACAGGAACACUUGCAACGCGUGUUAAAACUAAGGUUACCGAACUUAAUUUGAAAUGGACAACUAUGGAAAACACUGACAGAGAAAGCAUCAUGGGAACUCUCGGUGUUGUAGCGGCAAACAUUGAGAAAUUUGGCGAUGCAGGAAACAAUCCAAUCGAGGCAGUCCAAGGGGCCAUAAACAUCAUAGGUGCAGUAGCUACCUUUUUUGGUCCAGCUGGUCAGUUAGCAAGUAUUGGUUUAAGCUUCGUUUCCAGUCUAUUGGGAUUAUUUGGUAAAGGCCGGAAGCCGAAGCCACUAGGCGAAGUUGUAAGAGAGCAAAUUGAUGACGCGUUGGCAAAAUACCGGGAUGAGAGCCUGACUGACAAAGCAAUUGGACUUAUCAAAGCGUUCAGAGCGUCCAAAUCUUACCUAGAUGGAGCCGCUGAAUCGGGAAAACUUCUCUCAAAAGAAGAAAUGAUCGUAGCUUCAUCCCGUGUGCCUAUGACGCAGGGUUCUGAGUUCAUUGGCGAGUUGACCACAGUCAUUGAAAAGAUGUUUAAGAACUCUAAACCCAGUGAGGCUCUGAAGUGCAUCAAAUAUUGCGAACUCUUUGCACAACUCGCUGGACUCAAGGACAUGAUUCUUACUCAGAUGAUAUCAUUGGCGGGUAACGAGAUGGAGAAUGAUGUCAAUGGUUUGAUGUCCUACCAGCGAGAUUUUCGCGAUGCUGCAAGAGUUUUACUCGAGCCACUCUUUACGACAAAUUUUGGACAAAAGGUUUUGCCGUACUUUGAUCCAGACAUCAGUGUCAUCACUGACUCGUACGCCACCUCGUUGUUGGACCUUGGAAAGUACGAUCGCUCAAGAGCUGGAAUGCACUGCAUAGUAACUCCGGUUAACUCCGGUGGUAAAAAGAAUCUAGUUUGGUCCACAGAUAGCGAUUUCUUACAGGUAAAUGGAAAGCCAUAUACUGAUCUUGCUGACGACAAUGACGAGAAUUGCUACUGGAAGCUUGUGCCUCACGGAAACCAUCUCUACAGUAUUGUCAACAAAAAGGGAUGCGAUGAAACACCACUUGGGGAGUGGUGUGGGUCGAUAUUGUCCUUUGAUGUCAUCGAUGACACAGGAAUUGUUGACAUUGAACCUACUGAUGGCGUCAUGUGGGAGAUUCAUGGAACUAAGUUUAACAGGAUUCGCAACAAGAGGGGCUGCAGUGGUAGUGUUCCUGAUUCAUACUGCAAUCAAGAGCUGAGAGUUGAAAUGCGUGAUAUAUAUGUUCCUGGUGGAGGCUUCUUAGGGGCGCCAAGGGAGGUUUCUCGCAGAGUUGGCAAAUUGCUUCCCAGUGACGGGUUUUACCACUGGAUGUUGAGGAGGGUGUAGCUCCACGAAUACUAUGCAAGUACAACAACGACAAGGACUUAAGUGAAAAUGAGAAAUUCAAUAUCAAGUUAAGCUCAAUAGAAACAGCUUUAAUAGAUUGUAAUCUUCAUAAAUGGUCGUUGAGUGUAGUUGGUAUUUAUCAUGCAAAUGGAAAAAUAUGUCAAAGCUUGUCAAGGCGGUUGCAAGGUAUUCUUGAUAUAAUAUAACAAAUAUAAAUACAGCCAUUUGCAAAAAUUAUGAGAAUUGUCUAAAUAUCUAAAUAUCAUAAUAUCCAUAUCC